AAGGAAAAGAAAAGGGUGAGCCAUAACUGAAGUGAUGAUAUUUAGCGAAAACACAAUCCGUGACUCGCCGACCGACCACUCCUAAAUUCCCAGACUUGACUCAAUCAUACCCGCCCCUUCAAUUCCGGCGAUAUGGGCGCCAGUGACGCGGCCGAAUCGGUAUCGGUGCCAUCUCCAUUGCUGAACACGCAGGGUCCGCCUCCGUUUCUUGCCAAAACAUACGAUAUGGUCGAUGAUCCUUCUACUGACGCUAUUGUGUCCUGGGGUCCCACUAACAAUAGCUUCGUCGUCUGGGACCCACCUGAGUUCUCCAGACAGCUUCUUCCCAACUACUUCAAACACAAUAAUUUUAACAGCUUCGUUCGACAAUUGAAUACUUAUGGGUUCAGGAAGGUUGAUCCUGACCGAUGGGAGUUCGCAAAUGAGGGUUUCUUAAGAGGCCAAAGGCAUUUGCUUAAAAGCAUUGUACGUCGUAAACCGGCUCAUGCGCAAAAUAAACAGCCUCAGCAGCCACAUGGACAGAGCUCAACAGUUGGGGCGUGUGUUGAAGUUGGUAAAUUUGGCCUUGAGGAAGAGGUUGAGAGGCUGAAGAGGGACAAGAAUGUGCUUAUGCAGGAGCUUGUCAGGUUGAGGCAGCAGCAGCAGACAACUGAUACACAUCUACAAACAAUGGUACAACGCCUUCAUGGAAUGGAACAAAGGCAACAACAAAUGAUGUCAUUCCUGUCAAAGGCUGUGAAUAGCCCUGGAUUUUUGGCACAGUUUGUACAGCAACAAAAUGAGAGCAGCAGGCUCAUAACUGAAGGCAAGAAAAAAAGGAGACUUAAACCAGAUGUUGUUCCAGAUGAUCAUCCAGUCACUCCUGCUGAUGGGCAGAUUGUCAAAUACCAGCCUUUUAUGAAUGAUGGUUCAACUGCGAUGUUCAGUCGUAUGAUGUUGGAUGCAUCUCCUCAGUUGGAAACCUUGACAGGUAAUACCAAUAGUAUUCAUUUUGGUGAUGUAACAUCGUCAUGCAAGGCAUUAGAUCAUGGAAGUGCUCCCCUUUGUACGUCUGGAGGGACACCGACUUCAGGGAUAUCAGAUUUGCCAUUAGUGACAGGUGUUACAGCUGUUGGCCCUUCGGAAGAGAUUCAGUCUUUACCGGUAGGUGUCACUUCUGAUGCAGUGAAAAUGACUCCAUUUCCGGAUAUAACCCCCCUAGUUGGUUCGCAGGAGUUGCCGGCCGUCAAUCUUUCUCUGAAAAACAUGCUUAUGCAUGAGCCUCGCUUACAAGUGGCUCGAGAAGCCAAUGUUGAUAACAGCAUAUUUCUGAAUCCAACCUCAUCAACUAUGGAUGAGAACAUGUUCCUAGAUAUUGAUAGUUUCAAUUCUGAUUCUGAUGUCAUGUGGGACAGCUCUUUGAUUGAUGAGAUACUAAAAUUAACUGAUCCUUCAGGGGGGCAGUUUUCCCUAUCGAGUCCAUUAGCUACAAAUGCCACACAGAUCGAAUCAACUCCACCAGCUGCAUCACAACCCUCGGAAAAUGGGGAAUCAAAGCUUCAGAUGCAAGAUCUUACUGAACAGAUGGAGCUUCUGUCAUCAAAUGCAAAAAAGGUCUGAUUUAUUUUGCCUAGAACUUAAAUCGUACAUGUGUGAAUUAUAUGAGGCUACACCAAUGAUGAUAUGGCAGGGCCAGACUAUACUAAUGUGUACACUGUGGUCAUUGCACUCACAAGAAAAUAGUGGUAUUAGCCAAUUUAGUUUUAGAGUUUGGUGACAAUUCUCGACCUCGGUUACUUUUUUUAAGCUGACACCAAGUACCAUAAAGCUCAUUAAAAUUUGGGUUUUUUGGGUUGUAUUGUACAUUGUGUGAGUAACUGUUUUUGCCCUAUGAUUUCAUGUUUCUGACAUAAGAGUGAGAAAGCUUGCUAUAAUAUUUGCCACAGAAAGGGCUGUUUUGCCGCU